GAUGAUAGAAAUAGGUAAACAAUCUACCUAUUUGAUUAGCUAUAUUUACAAAUCAAUUUAUGUUAUGGUUGCCUAUAACAUUACUUAUUUACUUGUGCUCCAUUUUGUUGGGCUUAGGACACAUGAAUCAAAAGUUAUAGAAGAAAUUACAACCAUCCUAUGGAAUAGAAUCAAGCCAACUUUGAAAGUCACUCAAGAACACCAAUUAGUUGGAAUCAAUCCUAAACUAACCAAACUUUCUUCUCUUUUGAAUCCUAACUCCGAUGAGGAUGUGAUAUGGGUAGGAAUUCAUGGAAUGGGUGGCAUUGGUAAGACAACAAUAGCUAGGGUUUGUUACGAGCGAAUUCGCGACAAAUUCGAAGCUCAUUGCUUCAUCUCUAAUGUUCAAGAGAAAUUUGAAACCUCUUGUCUUCCAUAUUUACAAAGCCAACUCCUUUCAAGGAUGUUUUCAAUUAAAAACAACGACAUAUGGGAUGUUGACGAAGGAAUUGUUAUGAUAAAUCAAGCGAUUUUACGAAAAAAGAUUCUUCUUGUCCUAGAUAAUGUGAAUUGUUCAGACCAAAUCACGGAAUUGAUUCCAAACAAAGACUCUUUUGGAGAUGGCAGUAGAAUCAUUAUCACAACAAGAAACGCAAAUUUACUUUCCAACGAGUUGGAAGUGAAAAGAAUUUUUAAAAUGGAAGAACUUACAACCGAGGAAGCCCUUCAUCUCCUUAAUUUGAGUGCUUGUGCAAAAGAAGAUUGCUUAGAACCCUCCAAGAUCAUUGUCAAGAUAGUGGGAGGCCACCCUCUUGCACUCAAAUGAUUGGGAUCAUCUCUAAGAAACAAAGAUUUGAGGGUUUGGAAGUAUGUGAUAGAAGAGCUUGAAUGACAAAGUUUUUAAGUGUCUUAAAGUAAGCUAUGAUGGGUUAGAUGAGUGGGAGAAAGAGAUAUUUCUAGACGUU